AUGGAUCUCACAACGCUAUUUUACAAUCUUCGCGAAGAAGUGUCUUGUUCAGUGUGUUCUGACAUAUUUACAGAUCCUAAACACCUCUCCUGUCUACACAGUUUCUGCUCAAAGUGUCUUCAACAAUGGUACGAAACGUGCGGGGGCGGCGAAGCCAUAAAAUGCCCGAAAUGCCAAACGCUCAGUCGAGUUCCUGCGAGCGGUGAUCUAAAAGAUCUUCCAACCAGUUUUUAUUUGAAUGGCUUGAUCGAUGUUCUUGCCAUCAAAGAAUGCAAGAAGACUGAAGUGAAAUGUGGAAAUUGCGACAAGAAGAGAUUGGAAGUAAGCAUGACAAAGGUCACAACAUAGAAAAUGACACUAGUUACACACCGGCGGGUGUUAUAAAACGCUUCUUUGUCUCUUGUGGCGCACGACCGAUAGUUUCUAAAAGUUCUGUUUCUGAUGCUCCUACAUAUAAAGCGGCCAGUAUUCUGUUCAAGACAAGAUCAUCAGGAAGAUGAGCUCAAAUACUACUGCAAGGAAUGUGAAACGACACUUUGUCAGACUUGCUUCGCUUUGGAUCACGGAGGUCAUGCACUGAAAUUAAUCAAAGAAGAAGCUGAAUGUCAAAAGCUCGAGAUAAAAUCUGUUAUUGAAAUGCACAGGAAAAAAUUAGAAGCAAAAAUGAAAGAAGUUACUCAACUGGAUGAAGAUUACGCUAAAAUGAUUCAACAAAACAAAAUCGUGAAGAGAGAUGCCCAAAGGUUUGCCGAUAACUUGAUCAAAUCAAUUCAAGCAAAACUGCAAAAUAUCAUAACCUCGGUGGAAAACCAGACCCAGAAGUCACUUGAAAGUUUGACAGCAAAAAGGAGCGAGAUUCAGCACCAGAUAAGUGUUCUUGAAUCGUCACUGAAUGAAGCUGAUAAGCUGUUAAAACGAAGUACCACAGCGGAAAUUGUUCAACUCAAAAAGUCAUUGCCGACAAUUUUUCAGGGUGUUGUUCAAGGCAAGCCCAUAGUUCAUGACCGCAGUAGUCUCCAAGCCUUUGUUUUCGUAGAAAACCAGAAGAUGCUUGACGUUGUCAACGGGGGAGAAAUUGGAUUCUUGGAAGAACCUUAUCGAACAAAACCAAUCGAAUCUCUGGUUGAAGGUGAAGGACUGAAAGGAGGAACAGUGGGGCGUAAAGCUCAAUUCAAUUUGAUCACAAGAAACGCGGAGAAAAAGCAGUUGUACGACGAACGGAACCGUGUAACGAUAGAGAUUAAAGACGAACAAGAACAAGAAUGCGUGACAGAAGUAAGAAUAGAUGAUAACAAGGAUGGAAUCUACAACAUCAUUUAUUAUCCCAGACUUCAAGGGGCAUUCAAACUUUUAGUUAAGGUAAAAGGGGAACAUAUUGGUGGCAGUCCUUUUAAUGUGAUAGUAAAACCAUUUGAUGUCAAACCUGUUUUCUCCUUUGGGCAGGAAGGUUCGGGUGACGGAAUGUUUCAGUAUCCUUUGGGGGUGGCACUGAAUGAAAGGGACGAAAUAGUAGUGGCUGACGAGUUCAACCAUCGGGUUCAAGUUUUUGACAGUAAUGGUACUUUCUUAAAAUACUUUGGUCACCAAGGCAAAAAUGCUGGAGAGUUCAGCCACCCUUUUGGAAUAGCCAUUGAUAAGGAUAGAAAUAUUUUUGUAGCAGAUUAUGGUAACCAUAGAGUACAGAUCCUUAGUUGGGAGGGGAGGCACCUAGGUUCAUUUGGUGGCCAAGGAGGCCUUGACAGUCAGCUCUCUUACCCUUUUGGUUUAUCUUUAGAUAGUACUGGUAAUGUUAUUGUUGCUGAUUCAGGUAACAAACUGAUUAAGAUCUUUACCCCGGAUGGUAGGUUUGUAAUGAAGAUAGGUGGGCAGGGUUCGUUUAGUUCUCCUGUUCACUGCGUUCAGAGUGGUGAAUAUUUCAUAGUGUCAGACAAGAAUGAACAUUGUAUCAAAGUAUUCAGUAGGGAAGGGCAUUUUCAGUACAAAUUCGGUAAGAAUGGUGCAGGGGACGGGGAGUUUAAUUGUCCAUGGUUUUUGUCAGUGACUCAGUCAAAGCACCUGUUGGUCUGUGAUCGCAACAAUCAUAGAAUACAAGUCUUCAAAGUAGAUGGAACGUUCGUACAAAAAUUCGGUUUAAAAGGCAGCAACUUAGGACAAUUUAAUGAGCCACUCUCAUUAGCUGUUUCAAGUAAUGAUCGUAUUGUCAUGUCUGAUUUACGCAAUCAUCGAAUCCAAAUAUUUGCAUAA